CGGGGGAUGCCCUCCGCGCACGUGCACGCCAUGUGUGUCCUCGCCUAGAUCGUGCUACACCUGCUGCUGCCUGCACACAUACUCCUCGAGCGCUGUCUAUAACUCUAUACACACACACGGUCGUCGUAACCAAUUGCUGAGACAACAAUGGCGCGCCUGUUCCUCCCUCGUCCCAUCUUCUUGCUAGCCGGCUUGCUGGCCAUCGUCUCCAACGCCGGCGUCGCGGAGGCGUGGUGGUGGUCGUCGGGGUGGAGGUGGGACUGCCUGUUCCCCAGCAGCGGCCGCAGCCACGUGGCGUCGAUCGUGACGGAGGACGUGUACCGCUCCUUCUUCCUCCACAAGGACGACGCCGCCUGCCCCGCGCGCGGCUUCUACAACUACACCUCCUUCCUCCGCGCGGCGGAGGCGUUCCCCGAGUUCGGUGGCGACGGCGGCGCCGCCACCCGGAGGCGCGAGGUGGCGGCGUUCCUGGCGCAGAUCUCCCACGAGACGACCGGCGGGUGGGCGACGGCGCCCGACGGGCCCUUCGCGUGGGGCCUCUGCUUCAAGGAGGAGAUCCGGCCGCCGAGCAACUACUGCGACGCCAGCAGCACCGAGUGGCCGUGCUUCCCCGGCAAGUCCUACCAUGGCCGCGGCCCCAUCCAGCUCUCCUGGAACUUCAACUACGGGCCGGCGGGCAAGGCGCUGGGCUUCGACGGGCUGCGGGACCCGGAGGUGGUGGCGGGCGACCCGGAGGUGGCGUUCAAGACGGCGCUGUGGUUCUGGAUGACGCCGCGGGAGCCCAAGCCGUCGUGCCACGACGUGAUGGUGGGGCGCUACCGGCCCGGCCCCGGCGACCUGGCGGCGGGCCGGGCGCCGGGGUUCGGGCUGACGACCAACAUCAUCAACGGCGGGAUCGAGUGCGGGCCCGGCGGCAACGCCGCGCCGGUGGAGGACCGGAUCGGCUUCUUCCGGCGGUACUGCCGCAUGCUCGGCGUCGACGUCGGGCCCAACCUCGACUGCGCUCGCCAGGAGCCCUAUUCCUCCUAGUCGCCCGCCAUUAAUUUGUGCUGCUGCUGCCGCCUCUUUUCUGUUGUACUACUUGCUGAUCGAGUUUCUCUUGCCGGCAAUAAAAGUUGGGGUUGCUUACAAGUUUUACAAA